AACUGGCGCUAAUGAUACAAUUUCAAAUGUAUAGUCAAACCCUCAAGGCGACGCAUCCCCCGGUGAGGUAAGUGUCUCAACGUCCUAGGAAAGAAAGUCGUUGAGGUAUUACAAUCCCAGCUACCAGCACCAGAACAGGAUGGUGCCGAAGUCCAAAGCCCCUCUUCGGGUUCUCCUACUUCGCCCCCCCAAGUCUCACCUACGAACUCCAUGCUCCCAUCCUACGAGCAGCCGCUUAGCGACGAGACCAGGGCUAAGAAACAACAAGAGCUUUUUGACAGCGUCAUCGACGAUACGCUCAGUACCAUCCCUCUUCGCCUCAUCGACACAAAGUCGGGCAAGUUGUGCACCGCCGGAGAACUCUACGCUCUUUUUAAAGAGUCUCACAGCUACAAGGAAGUUGAGACGAAGAUUCUCAGGGCCUCUGAGAAGGAAAUGAAGACAGUUGUUAAUGCCUUCUUCGAAUUCGCUAUGUUCUCCCAUCGUUGGGGAGCUGCUGAUGAUGAGCCUACGUAUCAACACAUCAAGGACGCCCCGAGCAUCUACGAUCUGCAAACACCACCGGAAAUCUUUAAGUUACAACAAUUUUGCAAGAUCGCCAGGGAGAACCAAUUCCGAUGGGCUUGGAGCGAUACGUGUUGUAUCGACAAGGCCAACAACGUCGAGCUCCAGGAGUCUAUCAUCUCCAUGUUCUCGUGGUAUCGGCUGUCGUCUGUCACCAUCACCUACCUUUCAGACGUCACCGACGAAGAAAGCUUCAGACAUAGUGUAUGGUUCACCCGCGGAUGGACGCUACAAGAGCUCAUUGCGCCUCGGCUCGUCUGGUUCUACAAGAAGGAUUGGACGCCAUAUAUCGAUAGCAAGCAGAACCACAAGGAUGACCCUCAAGUCGCCAAGAUUAUAACUCAGACCACGUUUGUCGAGCGUGACGUCCUCAUCAAUUUUGUACCUGGUUUGAGAGAUGUCGGCCCAGCUGAAGUCAAGAAGAGGAUGAGCUGGCUCGCGUCCAGGAGGACGACCAAGAUCGAAGAUAUGGCAUACUGCAUGAUGGGGAUUUUUGGUGUUCAUAUGCCAGUCAUGUACGGGGAGAAGAAGAACGCUUUUGUUCGCCUUCAAAAAGAGAUCAUGAACCUCACAGAAGACCUGUCGCUAUUUGACUGGGUCGGAGAACCUUCAGAGCUCCAUUCGUACUUCGCAUCGCACCCCCGCUGUUUCGCGAAAUCUGCGGCUGAACGCAAGGGGGACUCGUCAAAGCUCCCUGAUAUCAGGUUGUACAAGACGUCCAAGGGCCUUACCAGUGGUAUUACCGCCUCCAUUAUCCGAAAUGUCAAAAGACUCCUUCUUGACCCUCCUCACGGUCAUUUCAUCGCUAAUGGGAAGAUGAACAUGCCGCUGUUUGUUCACGAGGUUGUGACCAUGACACCCAUUGGAACGACAAACCCUCCCACUCUUAAUGACCACGACUUGAUCAGCUACCAUGUCAAGGCCGAAGGUCUUACUGAGAUGACGAUCACGACUCACCAAGUUCUACCCCGUAUGGACGAGGAAGAUUCUCCCAGCUACCGUCUUAUUCGGAUGUGGGAAGUCAACCUUAUUCCGCCGGAAGACACCGCGGAAACUGAGGAAGCUGGCGCCGGAGAUGAAGAGCGCAAUGAAGAGUCUGGAAAGACCUCUAGCUGGCUGGGCAGAUCGUCGGCCAUGCUAACAGACGCUGUCACAACUGCAGUGUCUCAGAACUCAGCUGUCAUGUUCUUGUCUCGUCUGCAGGAACCUUUUGUCGCACAGCUGCUGAUAAGGAGGAAGCAAGAUGGGCCUUACGAGAGAGUGGGAACGACGGAGCGGUUGAUAGCGAAGCCUUCAUCAGGCUCUGUCAACUUUCGGGGGGUCAAGACACUGGUUGUUCGUUAAUUUGAAUCACACUGUAUGUUGCAUGUAGUUCUACGGUAGUCC